ACUGCCGAAGGAGGGCUUAGGGAUUGAGAAAAGGAAGAACACUGGAAAAUGCUAGCCGGCGUUGGUGUCAGUCGUUUUAAAACUUAGCAUUUAAAAUGUUGAAGAGUCUAAUGUGCUGAACACGAUGAAUUUCGAGUCGCCGUUCCCUGUGGAGUUCGGAGAUGGAGGGAUGGAGAAGUUACGAUUGGGCGAUCCUGUGGAGGGGAACAGGGAGAAGACAUCACCUGUCACAAUUUCAGAGCUUAUACAGCUUAGCCACAUCGGGGUGUCACCUGAUCAGGUCACAUGGUCCAGGGUUACCAUGACGUCAGACAGGUGGAUAUGUAUUCGCCAUGACAACAAGGAAGAUGCCUGUAAUAACAAAAAAGCUACUGUGACAGUUUUGAACCCCCGAGAUGGUGUGAUAUCAUUCGCUGGCACCACAACAGCCGACUCGGUGCAGAUGAACCCAUAUCAGCCAAUUAUUGCUCUCAAAGCUGGCCUGAGAUUUGAAGUGUUUAACCUGGAAACCAAAGUUCUCAUCAGCCAGACGAAAAUGGUGGAUUCAGUGAUCUACUGGACCUGGCUCAACUCUGAUGUCGUCUCUAUGGUUACAGAAACAGCUGUAUAUCACUGGGAUUUGUGGCAGGGUGACUCUCCUCCGGAUCGUGUUUUCACACGACACUCGAGAUUAGCAUUCAGCGAGAUCGUCAGUUAUAAAUCAGAUCCUUCGUUGAAGUGGCUAGCUCUGACAGGGCUGAUACCUGAGCAUGACCGUAUCUCAGGGCUGACUCAGCUGUAUAAUGUAGAAGAGGACAUCACACAGUGUAUCAGUUCUCACUCCGUAACUUUCUCACAGUACCACUUCAUGGAGAAUGUCCUGUCGUCCACAGUCAUGUGUGUGGCCUCCAGAGAUCUGCAGGACCAUGGCAAGACUUAUGUGAUAGAGCUUGGUCCGUACAAGCAGGGAAACUUUGCCCCACGUAGCAGUUACGAUCACAUUCAGUAUUACGAUGACACGGACAGAUAUGACUUCCCAGUCUCUAUACAGGUGAGCACAGAGUACGGACUGUUUUAUGUGGUGACAAAGUACGGCUACAUGUACGUGUGUGACAUGGAGACAGCUGCAUGUCUGUGCAUCUCCCGGGUGUCGCACUGCGUCGUCUUCUGUCUGGCUCUCAACUCCAAGACCCAGGGCAUUAUAGGGGUGAACCGAGAUGGACAGGUCCUUACUGUGAACAUCAAGAAAGACGGAUUUCUGACUUGUGUUCGCGAGACCGGCAGAAAGAAAAGUCAGGCAAAGCGGUUGGAGAAAGCAAUGACCAACCACAGCAAAGACCGCGAAGGGCCAUCUUAAAGGUCAUGAUCACACACUGACCUCUGAAGGUUGUGUGCCGUGGGUCAUGACAGAGGCCAAGGUCACAAUACCAGUGGUCAUGAAAUGUGUGACUGACAGGCUUUGCAGGUCAUGUCCUUAUAUUCUCAAUUAAUCUAAGUCACAACUAUAACCCCAUUGCCUCUUACAUGUAAAACUUACUGUUAAAAACAAAGGUUUGGGAAAAUGUUGCCUCUUUUGCACGUAUGCAGUAUGCACACCUUUUCCAUUUAACUGGCUGCUAUAUGCGUUACAUGUAUAAUCAGGCUCAUCAAGUUUUUCUGAGGCCGUUUGGAAAGCAAUAUAUGUGUGUUUUGUUAAGUUGUCUGUGUACAGUAAGCAUCAAGUGGCCAUGCAUUAGUUACAUGUACUUGUUAUUAUAUAUUUUCAACAUGUUUAUAUCUUGUUUCCUGGUUGUGUUAAGACUGGUCAUUUAUGGCCUAUGUUAAUUGUUUAUAUGUCCAGUAUUUCUUCUUUUGAGUCACAGAAUUCCUGUGAUGUUAAGUUGUUUUCUCACAGUUCUACUCUAUUGACCAGUACCAGUUAGUUUCUAGUCUUUGUCAUUUAAAGAUUGAUGAAAAUGCUGAAAUACUAAGACAUAGAAAUACUAUGUCUGUGAUAAGACAUAGCUUCGGUCUCCAUAGCACACUUCUAGACAGACAGACAGACACAAAGGCUUUAAAAUGACACACUGCCGAAAGAAAAUUCAGAAUUUUUGACCUGGUUCAGCUAAAUACAAAAAUAAGUAGCAUUUGAAUCCUAACUAAACCUCCCAGGCCUAUAUUUUCCAAAAAAUGUCAGUUAAGAGUUACAUGUAUAAGGGGAAAUCCGUCACUGGUCUAAACUGUCUACCCGAUGAGAUAACAUGCAAAUGAGGCAGCGCAAAGAUACCCACAAUGCAAAGUUCGCUUGUGGAUCGCACAUGUAAACAGUGCAAUAGAUUGAAAUUAUAGAAUUAUAAGUCUGGUAGACAAUAUACGAUCUUCCUUUCCUAUCGAUAAUGUUUUAUAAAGUAUUCAUAAUUUCCAACGGUCUCUGCAGCAGAACUGGAGUUAAAUGGUAGACCACAUAAUUACAACACAAAACCCUGUCUGGCAUUCAAGUUGGCUGAACAUCUCCCAUCGUCUAGACAACAAGGGGAGGUAACUGACUCCAACAAGCAGGCUUUCCAAAUACAUUAACUUCAGUGAGUUGAUGGUCGAAGUGAAACUCCAGGUAAAACUAAACAUUCGAUUGUUCGCUCAUGCAUGUCAGCAGACAUCUGGAAGUGUCAACUUCAUGUACAUGAAGUCUAAAAUAACAGCAUAAUUUUUUUUUCGAUGGGAGUAAGUCCCGUUACAAUGAUACUUUUGAUGACAACACUUCAUGUUUUUCUACUUAAAAGCGAAUCAAACUUCACAAGAAAACUCUGAAUUAGACAUACAAAGUGUAUCAAUCAAUCAAUCCGAAUCAAACAAAAUGUGUCUCUUGAAAAAUGGUUAACUUUCAGUGAAAUAUAGUAAUCGCUCUGCUGCUCAAACUUGUAGCACUGAAGGGUAAUUAGUUGGUGAAAAUUCUUGUAAAUAAAUACUGGGUAUGUGAUUUAAUUAAUGUAAGUCACAAGUUCCUUCCAUGUAAGUUAAUGUCAACAAAUUCAACAAAUGAGCAAUAGUUUGAGAUGAAAAUUAAAGGCAUACUUUAUAACGCUUUGAAGAUUAAAUCCCUUGAUCACAUGGGGAUUCUUGAAGUUCUGUCAAAAAUCAUAAAAUAACUUUAAGCCGAAUACCAGAACUGUCCUCCAGCGUGUCAUAAUGGGCACUACAUUGGUGGUUAAAUGUUGUUGAGGAUGCAGGGUAAUUUCCACACAUUGUAGAGCACAGUUAUUGCUUGGUGAAAAAUUCAGUGAAGCUACAGGGGAUUUUUUUUUUUUUGUAACGGCAUAUUUGUGAUUACAUUUUUGUAACACAGUUUCUAGCCUGUCAGGGAUACUGCAUGGUAUGCUUUAAAUGGAAUGGUGUUUGUUUUAGGCUGCUUCUAUGUAGGUGCAGUGGCCUGUAGUGUUUUUGACUACUUCUAUGUAGGUGCAGUAGCCUAUAGUGUUUUUUAGAACAUGUUUGUUUUACUGAUUUUAGCUGAUGAAGUUAGGAGAUAACUGAGGAUCAGGGGAAUUUAGAGUGUCGGUCAUGGUGGUUUUUUACAGACUCAUCUUUGAUGAAUUUAGUCACUCUGUUCUUUGUCUUUGGGUAUUGGCAUUAAGAAUUUUGACAGGCUUUACAGGCUGAUGUUGAUAUCCACCCUGAGUCACCCUCUGAAGGAAAAUAAUUGGUCAGGGCACACUUCAGCAGAUGUUUGAAUAUUUAUUUUACAACAUUACCUUUUAUGCCACUGUCUAUCUAUAGACUGAAUUAGGACACAUUAUUGAAUGUUGGAUUUAAUUUUAAUUGUUGUAUGCAGGAUUUAUUUUGAUGAGUAGAUUUUUACUCCUCUACUCUCAGCAGACCUGUUGAUGACAAAUUCUUUGAAGUGAACAAAACCUGACUGUACAGGUAUGCCAAAGGAGUAUUAUUAUGUAUAUUGCCUUUGCAUUAUUUUACAGAAACAUCUUUUUCUAUCUCCAUAUUCCAGAGAGCCACAUACUCCUCUCCAACUCUUUUACAGAGCUUAAAAAUCUUUUCACUUCUUUUGUGGAGAAAAAUGUGAAUCAUUUCAUGAUUCUCAAAUUAGAGGGGGGUCAUUUACCUUACAGGGCAAGGGUAU